AUGCAAGCGUACGGCUACAUGGAUUCUAUUCUUUACUUUGUUUUCACAAUUGGGUUUAUGAUUUAUGAGUAUGGAAUCGUUCACUUUAUUAGGCUAUCUUUAACUCAUUUGUGGAUUUGGUAUCAUGUAAUAUAUGAAUAUCUUUCUGAAAGAUACUUUCUUCCAUUUCCAUUACAGGGUAAAGUAUGCCAACGAGCAACAGGCUGGGAAUUUAUAAUUUCAAGGCUACUUAAGCACAACUUCAAUCAAUUCAAUUCUAAAGAGGUAAAGGCAAUUCUUCAUGGUACAGUAUUUCGACUCCUUCAUAGAAUUAGAUAUUUGAGAGAAUUUGGUCAUGGAUUAGGUGAUAUAAUUCAUAAAGAAGUACAAAUCCCUGUACGUGGUUCUUGGUUACUGUCUAAAAGUAGAGGUGAAGAGUACGAUUUAGUGAUUAUAUAUAUCCAUGGAAGUUGGAUUCUUGGUGGUACAAUCGAUUUAUAUAUUGAAUAUUUAAUGCUUUGGGUUGUAACUUUACAAGAGCAAGGAUUUAGUAAUCCUGCAAUAUUUGCACCUGAAAUAACCAACAAUAAAACGCAAUCAGGCUCAUUGAUAACAACAUUUGAAAAUUUAAGUAAAACAAAUCGUCAUAUUGUUAUCACUGGGGAUUCCAUUGGAGCGACACUUGCAAUGUCUUUACAACUCGAUAUUCAAAAUCGAAUUGAGAAAAGAUUUUUUAAUUCGAAACCUUCAAUAUUGUUAUUAAUAUCUCCAAUAACUCAAUUUGAAUUCAAUGAUACAGAUCUAACUAAACCUACAAAUGAUUAUAUUGAUCUAAGAUUGAUAAAGAAAUGGGGGUUCAAAAUUGUACCUGGGUUAUUCCCAGGUCAGGUCGAUACCAUGAUAUGGGAAAGAGCAUUGCCCGAGUAUGGAACUAUUAUUAGUUAUGGCUCAGAAGAAUCAAUUGUCAAAUAUACUGAAGAAUUUAUCUUAAAAUUACAAUCUAUCAAUGACUGCAAAUUGAAAAUUGAUAGACAACAAUCACAAGUCCAUAAUUGGGCAAUCCUUAAUUUCUAUAGUGAGAGACUUAUUGAACAUCGAGAAGAAAGUUUACAAUCAUAUUCGGCUACUAUUUCUCGACUUUUACUUGCCAAUACAAAGUCAUAUUUCUCUAAUUCAAGCUCAGGUCCAGCAACAAUAGUUACUAUUGAUGAAGAGCGCGUAUGA